AAUGUACAUCUAUAGAACCAAGGCCGUGAGAAAAAAACUGAACAGCGGCGGUGGUAGGUUGUGGGAUCAGCCCUACACCUGGGCUAAGGUCCUGUUAAAAGAAUGCCAGAGACAGUUGGGAACUGCCUUAUUCUAAUUCUGUAGCACAGAGUUCAGGAGCAUUUGGCCAGGUUGUAAAGUUAGCCCGAGAAAGCUGAGGGUGAUUAUUAAGGAGGACUGUGUUUAUGUCCAAGUAUUCUUGGUAGUGCUCUGUAAUCAUAUUGUAUACCACAUAAUGCCAAGACUGAUGAGGUUCACCUGGCUUCUUGGCGUGUAUCCAGCAGAGACUAUGUAUUGUUUGUGGAGAUUUGUCAUCCGCUACUGUGUGAGGUCCUUUUGAGGGGACCUGAAAAUAUAUCCCUCCAUUAUUUGGAUAGUGUUGCUAAACUCUCUGCUUUGUAUCUUGAUGGCAUUGAUUUCUCUCUCCAUCCUUCAGAUCAGUGUUUUCAAACAGUAUUUAUCACAACUCAUUCGUAAGUUGUAAAAUGAAGUUUGUAAUAUACAAGCAGCAUUGGAAGAAAUAGAACAGGAUAGAAAAUAUCAGACUGCCACACAUCUAGAAAAGGGAAAUAAUUGUUUUGUGAAUGCUUUGUGUUCCCAGCAUCAUAUGUAUAUGUAGGUGAUAUAUAUAAAACCAUAUAAAAAGUAUUACUGUUGGCCAUGGUCAAAAUUUGUAAGGCACUGUUUUACAUAAAUAAGGCUUCUUUGGUUGAAGAGAUUGUCUGUGUAUGAUUUCUAUCAGCCUGAACUACUGUUGACGUAUUGAUACACUGGUCAUGCACUCUGAAAAUCUACAAGAGCUUAUAGGCUAUAAUUCAUUAUUGUUAUCAUUUAAAUACUCAAAUAGUUAAGAAUUUCUCAUGAUAUGGCUCACUAGGGUAGAACAUGGAGCCCCCUCAUGUAAGGCAUACUCUAAGAGGCACACCUUUUAAUUCUAACCCAGCACCAGUGGCAUUGAACUUUCUCUGUUUCAUGCACUUAAACCUCCCUCCAGAGUGACUUUGAUAGUGCCUUCUGGUGGAAUUCUGAUCUCCCCCUUUCUGUGUGUGUCCCUGAUUCUCCUCCCAGGAAGAAGACUUCUUACUCUUCAGAGUGAUUCUGUAUGACUCUUCUGGUCAUGCACCUUUCUGUCCUGGGUGGCUCGGAACCCCCCUCCCUUUGGAAUUGGGUGCAAAUCCUCACCUUCUUUGUGAGUCAGAUCUCUUCCUUCUUUGUGUGACAUUGAAUACUACUCCAUUUGCAUUUUGGCAAAGAGCUACUGAGUUUAGAUCAUAAACGGAAUGUGACAGUCCAUGCCAUCUGUGAAGAGGACAGACUAAUCGGAAAGAUCCAGAGAGGGUUCACUAAACUGUGCUCUACAACAGACUAAAUUGGGCAGAGAUAAGAGACAGGUACAGCGAAGCAACAGGUAGAAGUGACAGAUUCACAGAGAGAAAUUUCAAGUCAGCAAGGAGAUUGUCCAUCAACAGAAAGAACAAGGUCAGGUCUACCUGGUAGCUGAUAUGUCAGGGCUGGAGAAAUGGAUGUUCCUGGUUCUGUUUGCCACUGAGUUCAUUCUGGGGAUGCUGGGGAAUUGUUUCAUAGUACUGGGCAGUGGCAGCAGCUGGUUCAAGAACAAGACGGUCUCUUUGUCUGACUUCAUCGUCACUAACCUGGCUCUCUCUAGGAUCGUUCUGCUGUGGAUUCUCUUGGUUGAUGGUGUUUUAAUGGUGUUCUCGUCCAAAAUACAUGAUGACGGGAUAGUGAUGCAGAUUAUUGUUAUUUUCUGGACAUCUACAAAGCACCUGAGCAUUUGGCUUGCCACCUGUCUCAGUGUCCUCUACUGCCUGAAAAUUGCCAGUGUCUCCCAUCCUACAUGCCUCUGGCUCAAGUGGAGAGUUUCCAGGGUGGUCGUACACAUGAUUUUGGGUGCCCUGUUCUUAUCGUGUGUCCGUGCCAUAUCUCUGAUCCAGGAACUUAAGAUCUAUUCUGUUCUCAGUGGGAUCGAAGGCACAGGGAAUGUGACCGAGCACUUUAGAAAGAAGAGAAAUGAAUACAAAGUGAUCCAUGUUCUGACUCUGUGGAACCUCCCUCCUCUAAUUGUGUCUCUGGCCACCUACUUUCUGCUCAUCCUUUCUCUGGGGAGACACAUGCAGCAGCUGCAGCAAGGUGGCGUCAGCUCCAGAGAUCCAAGCACUGAGGCCCACCAGAGAGCCAUCAAAAUCAUCAUCUCUUUCUUCUUUCUCUUCCUGCUUUACUUUCUGGCCUUUUUGAUUACAUCAUUCACUUAUUUCAUACCAGGAUCUGAGAUGGUUAAUAUAAUCGGAAAAGUAGUUACAGUGUUUUAUCCUGCUAGCCACUCAUUCAUUCUCAUUCUGGGAAACAACAAGCUGAAGCAGACAUUUGUGGAGAUGCUGUGGUGUGAGCCUGGCCAUCGGAAGCCUGGAUUCAAGGGACCUUUUGCCCCAUAGAGUGACCGAGGGCACAGGUGGGAGCCUGGGAGUCCUUUGGUCUGGCUCAAGGCUAAGGGCUUUUCCUGACCCUUCCGUGGCACCCAUUCUGUGACAUCAGGAGGAGGGAGACACGACUGCAUUGCCUUGGCCCACUGGGGACACGUCUCAUGGCUUCUCUUUGUAUGGUGGUUUUGGAGAGAGUGAAACAGUCUCUGGAAAAUGUCAAUAUAGUAAGAACACUCUCACUGUAUAGACGUGAAGUUGUAUUUUAAUAGCUAUCAAUGUAAUGAGCUGAUUCCUAGCUUUAACUUCAAGUUUGUAGGGACAGUGAUGAGCUGAUGUAAAUAAAACAGUGUAAUGGGCCCGAGGGAAAGAGCAAAAGCUUUGCAGUUCCACAGACUUGGGUUUGAAUUCUGGUUCUGUCCAUUUCCAAGACUUUUGGCCUUUGGUGAGU